GGGAGCGACUGGGAAGCCGGAGCGGUUCCAAGCGAGGUCGGGAGAGGCGGUGGCGGUGGCGGCGGCGCCUGGAAGACUCCCCCCGCCAGCCAUCCCGCCUUCCCCCGCCGCCCCUUCCGCGCUGCCCGCCACAGCAGCAGCCCCAGCACGGACCCCCCUUCCUCCCUCCCCCGGUGGCGGCGGGAGGCGGUGGCGGCGGCGGCUCCGGAGUGGCUCGGAGGGGUCGCCUGUCCGGCUGGAGGCGGCGGCGGCGGCUGCCGCUGCUGCAAGGCACGGAGGAGGAGCCGGCGCGGAGGAAGGAAGAUGCUAAGACAAAAGAGAUGAUUUUUGUUUCACACUAAGGCCUGGAACUGCCUAUUGAACAAACGUCCUGAUCAGGCAACAUACGAAUGGCCCAAGGAAGCCAGCAAAUUGAUUUUCAGGUUUUAAAUGACCUGCGCCAAAAAUUUCCUGAGGUACCUGAAGUUGUUGUGUCCAGAUGCAUGUUACAGAAUAAUAAUAAUUUGGAUGCCUGUUGUGCAGUUCUCUCUAAGGAGAGCACAAAAUAUCUCUACGGUGAAGGAGACAUUGUUUUUUCAGAUGAUUCUGGCAUUUCCAGUCUGCGAAAUCACAUGACAUCCCUUAAUUUGGAUUUGCAAUCACAGAAUGUGAAUCUCCAUGGAAGAGAAGGAAGUAGAAUGAAUGGAAGCAGGACUUUAACUCAUAGUAUUAGUGAUGGACACCUUCAGACCAGCCUAUCCAACAGCGAAUUGUGUCAUCAGGAACCGCAGACUGCUCCAGUCCAAGUUCCACAGGGAUUCUUUGGCAUAUCUAAUACUCCUAAUACUUCCAAUCCAGGACAACAUUUUGGAUUUCAUUUGGGCAGUAAAGGAUCUUCUGGCUUGGCUCAGCAUUUACCUAGAUUUAACCCCAUUAUGGUAACUUUAGCCCCAAAUAUUCAGCCUGGUCGGAAUACCCCAACAUCUUUGCACAUACAUGGUGUACCUCCAAUAAACAGUCCACAAGGCAAUUCUAUCUACAUUAGACCUUACACCACAAAUCCAAGUGGUACAACUCGCCAGAAUCAGCAAAAUCCAGCCUGGAUGUCUCAGUUCAGUCCUAUGCAUUCUCAACAAAACUACCAGCCUUCACAUUCAAACCCCUGGACAACUAUUCCCACAACCAGUUCCUUGACACAUACCUCAUCACAACAGUCAACUCAGCCAAACCAGCAAGGCCAUCAGACCUCUCAUGUGUAUAUGCCUAUAAGUUCACCUACAACUCCCCAAGCACCUACAGUUCAUUCAUCUGGUAGCUCACAAUCUUCUUCAACCCAGAGCCAAUAUAAUAUCCAAAACAUAUCAACAGGACCUCGUAAAAACCAAAUUGAAAUCAAACUUGAACCACCGCAGAGAAAUAAUUCAUCAAAACUUCGUUCUACAGGUUCCUGCUCAUCCACAAAUUCCUCUUCCAGCAACAGCCAGACUUUAAGUAGAAGUCAACCCACUGUUUACAUAGCUGCCAGUCCACCGAAUACUGAUGAAAUAAUUACACGAAGUCAGCCUAAGGUGUACAUUUCAGCCAAUGCUUCUGCAAGUGAUGAACAACUUGUACGGAAUCAGCCCACACUCUUCAUAUCUACAAAUCCAGGAGUUACUGCCACAUCUAGGAAUAUGUCUGGUCAAGUUAGCAUGGGACCUGCCUUUAUUCACCACCACCCUCCCAAAAGCAGAACAAUUGGAAACAAUGCUUCUGCCACUUCUCCCCGAGUAGUGGUUACUCAGCCUAACACAAAGUACACUUUUAAAAUUACUGUUUCUCCAAAUAAACCCCCUGCAGUUUCACCAGGUGUGGUGUCCCCAACUUUCGAACCUACAAACCUUCUAAACCUUCCUGAACAUUUUGCAGAAACGGAAAGUAUCCAACACCUUACUGACCCUGUUUUAGCACAUGUCGAUAGGAUUAAUGAAGCACGAAAACUGAGCAUGGGAUCUGAUGAUGCAGCCUAUACACAAGCUUUACUAGUACAUCAGAAGGCUAGGAUGGAACGACUUCAACGAGAACUUGAGAUUCAAAAGAAAAAGCUGGAUAAACUAAAAACAGAAGUCAAUGAAAUGGAGAAUAAUCUAACUCGAAGGCGGCUGAAAAGAUCAAAUUCUGCUUCCCAAAUUCCUUCACUUGAAGAAAUGCAACAGUUAAGAAGUUGUAACAGACAGCUUCAAAUAGACAUAGAUUGCCUAACCAAAGAGAUUGAUCUUUUUCAAGCAAGAGGACCACAUUUUAACCCCAGUGCCAUCCAUAAUUUUUAUGACAAUAUUGGAUUUCUAGGUCCUGUGCCACCAAAACCCAAAGCUGAUCAAAGGUCCGUGGCCAAAACACCAAAGACUGUUCCUGAUACUGAAGAAGAUGAGGGAGCUCAGUGGAAUUGUACUGCUUGUACUUUUUUAAAUCACCCAGCCUUAAAUCGUUGUGAACAGUGUGAGAUGCCCAGGCAUUUCUGAGCCAGGGAGGCUCACUUAUCUUCUGUAAAUCCAACUUCUGACUAUUGUGUCAUUUCCUUGGGAUAAAUAAUCAUUUAUGCAUAGGAUUUUGUAAAAUUGAACAUGUGACAAGGUUUAUUAGUAAUGUUAAAUGUCAUGAUACAGAGAUAAUACCUCAGUCUUGUGCUGCAGGCAGCUGGAUAUUCAUCAGCUGGAAGGUUGUCUCCUGAAAGACUUGGUUGCCAGCUGCCUGACAUGUACAGUAUUACUAGAUACCCAUAAGAAUAACUCUCACCAGGUUCAAUGCUUUGGUGUUCCCAAUCGCCUUUCUCCACAGAUGUCACUACUGAAUUUUGACAGGGGAAGGAAUUAUAUUGAUGGCUUUUUUGUUUUUGUAAAGCUUUCAGUAAAACACUACAUUCACAGAGGAAAUGAAAAGGAACAAAGUGAAACUGUAUUUGCUACCACAGAGGGCCCAGGAAUUAUAGAAGAACUUCAGAAAUGUAGAGGUACUCUUCAUCUUGUCUUCCGGAAAACAGUUCCACUCUGUGAAGACAAAAAUCAGUACAAUCAUCUGAAGAUGAAAAAGAAAACUGCAUGCUUUGUCUGUACAAUAUUCACCAUGAAAUACCCCCAAGGCUUUUCCUACUGUACAUAGUUCUAGAAUCUGCUUUAAAUGACUUUUCUUCACCUUUUAUUAUUUCUUGUAUUUCUUAAUGUAUAGUGUAAUAGUCUUUGUUAACUUUCUUUCUCCCUUUAAGUGAUUAUGCACGAUUGUGAUCCCUUUGCGUUUAAAGUUUUUGAUCUGAGAGAAGCAGUGCCUUAAAAGAGCGUUGAUGACAAUGCACAAACUAGCUCUUGUCUGCCUCUUCUGUAUGUUGCUCUUGUAAAUGCUGGUAAUCUGUGAAGACCUGCAGAUGCAGCAGGGUGAAAAUGCAGGAAAAGUUGGAGUUCAUGCUUCUAGUUCACUCGGGACACUGAUUUUUACGGUGGGUGACAUCUGGUAAUAUUUUGCCCAACAAACAAAAGCAGAAGAGAAAAUUAGUCCCCCACCCACCCACCCCCAGCAUAUCAGCAUCUGAUAGGCUUGCUUCAUUUGCUGGGUACCUUUCAAACUCUCCAGAAGUAAAAAUACUGGGGGUGGGGGGGCAUAUUGAGUACACAGAAUAGCAGCAAUAGCAGAAAACAUCAACAUGUUCAUUGUUGGCAGCCAGUUUUUAAACCUGAUUUGGUGGAGAAUAGCAAUAAUUAGAAUCAUUUGAAAGAGAGCCUGGAAAAGAGAAAACAAGCAGACUUGAAGCAAUACCAAGCAUCUCUUUUUUUCGUGGACGUCUUUGUUUCUGAGGAAAUCUAUUCAGGUGAUUAGGAAAACAUUUAAUUGAAACCAAGAUCAUGGUUUUAUUUUAUUUUUUUAUUUUGCUCUCUUGCAUACUACAUAAAUGAUACGUCAUCUCUUGGGGUGAGGUGGGAAGAAGUGAUAAACAGCAAAAUUGUAUACAUAUCUGCUCAGAAUUAAGUGCCAUUGAGUUCAGUGGGACUUACUCCAAGGUAAGUGAUAUACGAUUGCAGCCUAAAUGUAGCAAGAGACAAAGUAAGACUGUCACCCACUGUAAAUAUUUGCCAGUGGACAUCUUUAACAGGAAUUUUACAAGUGAUCUAUGUGAAUAUACAGAUGCCUUUGUUUUAAAGGCUUUGCAUUUUUUUAAACAUGGGAAUUAAAUUAGUACCCCAAGUAAUAAGUCAGUAAAUCCAAAGUACUUGCAUUGAAUGCAUUAUGUUUAUUAAAAAAGAAGCUUUGUUUUUCAGCUUCAUCUGCAGUUCUAUGUGAAGAUUGACAAAUUAAUUUUUACCUGUUUUAUUAAUAAAACCUAAUUUGGA